AGGAUAUUCCAGGUUUUCAAGCAGUUUGGCCUCCACUUUCCUCCCUAUGAGCCACCUGGAUCACCACAGUAACAGCAACAAUGUACUUUACGGCCAGCACAGGUUCUAUGAUACGCAAAAAGAUGGUUUCUAUCUGAGGAAUUUACCUGGACAGCCGACCCUGCUCUCAACCAAUCAUAGUUUUCCUUCGAUUUCCCGAGCCGCACCCAGCCAUCCCAUUGGUUCCUGCAGCCGAGACAGAGAGAUGAGCCACUCCCAUAAAACGAUCAAGGAAACUGACAGACUCCUAACCUCAAAGGAACCUAAUAAAGAAAGGAUGAAUAAAAAUGAAGCCAAUUCAUUGAGCAGUCAAAGGACACACAAGGAGAGACAUUCAGAAGACGAUGGAAAAGACAGGCAUAAAAUUGUGCUGCCUCUGAUGCCAGAUGUCAGAUGCAAAGAAGACGUAACAAAUAUGCAUAAUAGCAUGUGUGAGAACAGAAAUAAACACUUCAAUAGCUGUUUAACAAACUCCAAAGUUAUGAAUGGAGAUUCCAAUAAGACUUUAUUAGCAAGCUGCACUAAUAUUGGUGGGAUUUUACCGAGGCAAAUGGACAUCCAUACCCCAGGCAGGUGUACCAAAGAGAGCUUAAGGUUUGAGAGGGAUUUCCGAGAAAACGGCCCGUCUGGUCCAGUGCACGUCGAGUGCUCAGAUAGUUGGCAAACUCCACACCAUUCUGUUGCAUACUCUGUUCCUUCUUCCCUGUCCAACAUUCCUUCAUCAUCUAGCACAGCCUCUGGAACAUUCCCCUGUUUGCAGGUUCAUUCCAACUUAGACCUUUUUUACCCUACUCAAGAUAAGGCCAGCAGGGAGCUCAAGGUCACUGGGCCUACGUACGUGCCUUCAGUGGGACACUUCGGUGACAAAAGCCAACCGUUUCAAGUCACUGCAGAAAACUGCAAGGUCAACCGAAAUAUGGGGAAGGAGAAGACACAUGACAAAAGCACAGAGAGGUCUGACAUUGGGACCGUUCCUAAUUCGCACACAUCCCUGAAGCUAGAUAGUAAAGGAAUGGACUGGCCCCACAAUUCAGCCAUAAAAUCCAAACAACAGUGUGUUAGUAGCACUGGUGCGCAGAUGGUGAUGCCCUUCACACCUCAGGCAGCCAAGGGCCCCUCAGGGAAAGGUAGCACUUACGUUAUGCCACAGUCUCAGGAUUGUUUCUGUUCGAAGGAGCUGGAGACAUGCUGUGCCAAACUUACCCACUCCAGUUACACACUGGACCGGGAGCAUGGCAGCGAUACACAUGAAAAAGCUUCAAAAGACUCACAGGGGCAGAAAGUGGCCAGGAUACGGCACCAGCACCAUAAGCUUCCCGAGGUGGAGCACGUAGGAAGUGGUUCAGAGAUGAAGAGAAGACCACCGGAGCUCAGUUGUAUGAGCUACAAUGGAUCUCACAUACCAUCAUGGCAGAGUCCUCAGAUUCCUAUGGGGGAAGACAGGAAAAGUUCCUAUCUCGACCCUUUCAGUUCAAGUUUACAGCAGGCGGCAAUGUUGUCACAAGGAUCUGUGCUCAAUCAAGACAUUUUAGGUCAAACUGAUGAAGUCUCAGCCAUGAAGAGUCUGCUAAAGUACAGCAGCUCAUUUCCUCCAGGCGCACAGGCAUUGAUCGUUGGGCAGAAGACCCCUUUCGGAGGCCUGGGAAACAUCCGGGCCAGCUGCGUCCAUCAGGAGAUCAAAUUCCAAAGUGGGAAGUCAAACCUCGACUUGGAGCGUCCAGACUGUGCCAAAGGGAGGGAAAGUGAGUCAUCUCAGGGUGACAGUGAGGUACGGCAGCCUCCAGUUGGGAUCGCAGUGGCUGUUGCAAGACAAAAAGACAACCAGAACAAGCAUGACCUGCCUUGUGGUACUGAGUCCAACAGACCACACAGGCAUCUUCCUGGCUUAAAAGGAUCAUCGCGCUCCACCUAUGUCAUUGACCUUGAAGCAGAGGAAGAAAACAAUCAUUUUCGUGAGGAAAGAAUGGGACUGUCUCAUUUAGACAGGGAAAGGGAUCACCUACUUCG